ACUAGUUCUGAUUAGCUGUCAAAGUUUAUUUCGUUAAAAUAUGUUAAAACAAAAAUUGAAACACCGAUUAGGCAAUAAGAGGCUCGCAUGGAUUACUUUCGGAGCCAUCCUGGUCUGCGUAUUUAACUAUAUUCUGCUAAACAUUAUUUGCUACACGGACGACGAACGAGAAUCUGCAACGGAGGGUUACUUUGUUAACACGUCCGGUUGUUGUAUGCUGGCUCUGAAUCCAAAUGCAACACCAUUAUUGAAGUACUUUCGGCAAAUCGAGUCUAGAAAAUGCAGUAAGCCUCAAUUAUUUCGUGGUGAAACGGUAAAGGAUACGAAUUUCUUGGUGCUGGCAAUGUCAGAGACAGAGAUUGUACAGACCUUCGGAGUUAAAAGCAUUACCGAAGUUAACUGCACUUAUAAGCUGGUGGAACGAUAUAAUGACUUCGCGAACAAAGUCACGAAAAGUAGAACCUUCUUUUUGAGCAAUCAAAUGCCACUAAUUGAAGUUGAAGACGGUUCUAGGAUAUUGCGAAUCCAGUGUUUUGGGGCUAAGAGAAAAUUGCUUUACCACGAUGUUCAUUUCUUUUUACCUGCAGCACCACCUCCACGCAGAAUCUCGACAACAUCGUCACCGAAUCGCCUGUCUGUGAUGAUACUGGGCAUCGAUUCCAUAUCACAUAUGCAUUUUCUUCGCAUGAUGCCCUCAACAGCUGCUUUUAUUAGGCAUCAGCCGCACGUUGAGUUUUGGGGCUACAACCGAGUCGGUGUCAAUUCCUUUCCAAAUCUAGCCCCACUAUUAACUGGCCUAAGCGACACGGAAUUGGAGGGUAGCUGUUAUAAGAAUAAGUCCUCUUUUGAUGAGUGCAAGUUUCUGUGGAAUCACUUCAAGGCUGCGGGUUACAACACGAGCUUUGGCGAAGAUAACAGGGCUAUUGGCACAUUUUCCUACUGCAUGAAAGGCUUUGGACAACAGCCCACUGAUUUCUAUUUGCGGCCCGCGAUGGUUGAGGUGGAUUCUCACACUAGGUACAGCCUAGAUGAGUUUGACUUGAUUCACUGCAGUGCAGGACGCAAGUAUGCGGACAUUCACCAUGAAUUCAUCAAUAAGCUGAUACCUCAUUUGAACAGCGGGGAUCACUUUUCGAUCUUUUGGGAAACGCAAGGGGUUCACGACUAUUACAAUUAUGCCCGUGUGUUAGACGAACGAUAUCUAUGGUUGCUUCAACGCCUUCAUAAUAUGUCUGUUUUGGAAAACACCCUGGUACUUUUUAUGUCCGAUCAUGGUUUGCGUUUCGGUUCUUUUCGCAGAACCUGGCAGGGCAUGUUCGAGGAGUCUCUGCCGUUUUUGAUAGCCCUGUAUCCCAAGUGGUUAGAGAAGGCUUAUCCCGCAGCCAUAUCUAAUCUUCGAUAUAAUUCUCACAGUCUUGUCACAACCUUCGAUUUACAUGUGACCCUCAAGGACUUGACCAAUUUGAAGCUUCUUCGGAGUAGCAACAUUGUAAAUCGAUCGGCAGUACUGAAGGGACUGGGUCAAAAGAUACCUCGAGGUAUUAGCCUGUUUCUGCCCAUACCAGAGGUACGAGAUUGUAAAUUGGCGCACAUUCCAGCUAAUGUAUGUAAUUGUCAUAAGCUGAACAAAAUACAUACGUCUGCCAUAGUAUCCCAGCGAGCUGCUCGCUUUGUCGUGGAUAGCAUCAACAUGCUGAUCAAAAGUCACAAGCUCUGCCAGAAAUUGUACCUGCAGGAGGUGCAAGAGGCGUAUGUUCUUAAAAAAGGCGCCGAUAAGCAGUUUGAGGUCAAGGUUCGAUUGCAGACGUCUCCGGGCGAAGGACUUUUUGAAGGAACCACAAGAUUUUCGGAUAAUUCACUAGCUCUAAAUGGAGCUAUAAUACGCACCAACAGAUAUGGAAACCAAUCGUAUUGUGUAAAAGAUCGUCACAUUGAAAUGUUUUGCUAUUGCUUAUAAGUGGAUUUUAUAAUGAUAAGUUGUUCGUUUGAGAAGAGAGAUUUGUAACCGCAAAAUUAAGGGAUUGUCCCCUUAAAAGAAAUACAAUUUUAUAAGAUAUAUUUUAUAAGUCUGGCCGAAGAGCUCAUAAACAUCGUGAUAACGACAAUUACAAUAAAGCAUUUGUUCAUUUCGAA